AACACACUCGGCGCAGGCUGGAGAAGCUUGAGAGAUAAAAAGCUGCUUUUGAUACGCAAUUUGUAUUUUUAUACAAACCGUCCUAGAAUUGAAAGCUUCUGUUAUAGCGUCACUCGCACGUCAAUCAAAAAAAAAGAGAGGCUUUAAAAUGUCAGAGUGUAAUAAAAUAGAUCAUUAUGACAAAAAUUUUGAUAAAGAGCAUCCAAAAAAUUUGAUACCAGAGCUUUGCAGACAGUUUUAUGACUUGGGAUGGGUCACUGGAACUGGUGGAGGAAUUUCCAUAAAACAUGAAGACAAAAUAUACAUUGCUCCUUCUGGAGUACAAAAAGAAAGAAUUAUACCAAAUGAUAUGUUUGUACAAGACAUACAAGGUAAAGAUUUGGAGCUACCUCCUCCAGAAAAAAAAUUGAAGAAGUCUCAAUGCACACCUUUAUUCAUGAAUGCUUAUAUCAUGAGAAAUGCCGGAGCUGUAAUUCAUACUCACUCCAAAUUUGCUGUUAUGGUUACUUUACUUUGGCCUGGAAAAGAGUUCCGUGUCACACACCUUGAAAUGAUCAAAGGUAUUCGUAAUCAACAGCUGGGGCGAGCAUAUAGAUUUGAUGAAGAAUUAGUUGUGCCCAUCAUUGAAAAUACACCUUUUGAAGAGGAUUUGAAAGAUCGCAUGGCUGAAGUAAUAAAAGAAUAUCCAGAAUCUUGUGCAGUGCUUGUUCGUAGACAUGGAGUGUAUGUUUGGGGUGAUACUUGGCAACAAGCAAAAACAAUGACUGAAUGUUAUGACUACCUCUUUGAUAUUGCUAUACAAAUGAAAAAUAGUGGGCUGGAUCCACUUAUAACUCCAGAGCUACACGAGCUAAAAUAUCAAAGAAAAAGUACUCAAGUUUAAUACUCUCAAAUAGAAAUGG